AUGCCGGAAUCAAAAGAAACGAAAGAAUCCGAAAAGUUGCGUAAAAGUAGGGAAUCUGUUAGAAAUCGUCUCGAUACCUUCGCAAAAUACAUUGAUAAAAUAGCUAUACCGGGGUCGUCGGAUAAUUUGCCGGUCACCGAACUUUCAGUCAGAUUAGAUCGGGCUGAAACAAUAAUAGAGGAAUUUGAAGUUGUUCAGGGUAAAAUAGACGCGUUAGUAGAUGAUGUAUCAGUUGAAAUAAAGUAUCGUGAAGAUUUUGAAAAUGUUUAUUUUUCUACUAUAGCAAAGGCAAAAGAGCUUCUGCAGCCUAAGCCUAUUAUAUCUAGCAACGAAAAUGCAAAUCAAAGUUCAGUUUCUGAUCGUAAUAGCUCAUUCAAUUCAGGGAUAAAGCUCCCAACCCUUCAUUUGCGUCAAUUUAGCGGGAACUAUUCAACCUGGUUAGAUUAUCAUGAUUGCUUCGAUACAAUAAUCGUUAAAAAUAAUGAUAUAAGUGACAUUCAGAAAUUUCAUUAUUUAAAAUCAUCCCUAUCGGGGACAGCUGAAAAGAUAAUAAAUUCUAUUAAGGUUUCUGCAGCUAAUUUUACAGUAGCGUGGAAGCUUCUUUGUGACAGGUAUUCUAAUGAGCCUUUACUAAUCCAUAAUCACAUCAAGUCCAUUUUUAAUCUAAAGGUAGUUAAUCGUGACAGUUCUAAGUGUCUCCAACAUCUAAUUGAUGGAUUAACUAGUAAUCUGCGAUCUCUAGAAUCCUUAGGGGAGCCAGUAAGCACUUGGGACUCAAUAAUAAUUUUUAUAAUUCUAGAAAAACUUGAUCCUGAAACUGUCAAAGAUUGGGACAAGGAGAGUCAAGGUAAUGCCCCUACGUCGGUAAAGCCUACUCUCGACGAUCUUCUAAAAUUCUUGCAGCAUCGAGCUGAUACUUUAGAAAAGUUCGAAGCAAGAUCUAUCAAGGGAGGUUCUAGUUCCAAAGAUCAUUCUCAUUCUUCAUCUCAUAGGUCCAAAACUCAUACAAGUCAAUCAUUCAUCAAUAAUGGAGCUUCUUCAGAUCUGUGUCCACAUUGUAAUGGUCCUCAUAAAAUGUCAACUUGUACUUCUUUUCAAAAUUUAGAUGUACAUGCGCGCAUGCGUGAGGUCAAAAGGGUACGAGCGUGUUUUAAUUGUUUAUUUAUAGGACAUCAAAAUACCAGUUGCAAGUACGGUAAGUGCAAGAAAUGUGGGAAGAAGCAUCAUACGCUUCUCCACGUUAAUGCAGAAAAUAGCAAUUCUCCAAAUGAUACUCAAUCCGUUUCUUCGGAUAAUCAAACUCCACAAACAUUGUCAUGUCAUGCAGUCCAGAAUUCGUUUGCACUGCUGUCAACUGUCACAGUCCAAAUUCCAGAUCGGUCUGGAGUUAAGCAUAAUUGUAGAGCCCUUCUAGACAGUGGUUCUCAGUCACAUUUUGUCACGUAUAGUCUGGUUUCCAAAUUGGGUCUCUCCAAGGAACCUGCCGACAUUUCAGUGGUCGGUGUCACUCAAAUAUCUUCAAGGAUAAAGCACAUGAGAUGUGAAAACGAAAAAGAAAGUGCAAUUACAGAAUGGAUUGAAGCUGACGACAAUGGGCUCCAAAAAUUUACGAAUGAAGAUAUUGUAAACUUGGUUCAACCUGAAGGUAAUUCUAAUGAAGAUGAAGAAAGCCAGGAAGAAGUUUCCCUACCAUAUCGAGUGUCACAUGCAAAUUUUACUAAAGCUCUGGAUGUGGAUCUACCUUACGUGGAGCAGAACUGUGCUGCGUUCUCGGUCAAUGUUGCUACACUUCCAUGCACCAGAAGACAGUUAUCGACUUCUUUAAGAAUGCGCUUUAGUGCUGCAAACGUUCUCGCAAAAGUUAGGACAAUAUUUUUGGACACAAGUUGA